ACCCGCAGUAGCCCGACGCGCAAAAAGAGACGCUCGUGUAAAAUUAAUGCCUUCACAUGACAUUCUCUUCAGCACACAAGGGAAUAAAACGCGUUUGACUGAAAGUUUUUAAUUAAUGCAAAUUCCGGCACCAUGUUCUACGGUUCCUCUUCAGCCAGCAUGUCUCUGCCAUCCAAGAACCGUCUAAAGCGGCAGAGUCGCACCUUCACGCAGGUUCUGUAUCGGACACUGAGUUAUCGAGAUCGCCGUUCCGUCACCGACCUACCCGAGCAGGCACGGGAUGACCCUGCUGAGCUUUCCACGCAAUCCUCAGCACCAGGUGUGCUGAAGAUAUUCGGUGAUGAAAUUAGCGCUGGUGCUAACUACAAGAGCGUCCUUGCGACGCCUCGUUCCAGCUCCCAAGAGUUGAUCAAGGAGGCGCUUGACCGAUACUCUUUAAACAAGGCCUCAGCUUGUAGCUACGUGUUGUGUGACGUAAUUGGGCGGUUUGAGGGUCCGGAGCGACGGUGGCGGACCGAGUGCCUCCGGGCGCUGGGGAGCAACGAAAAACCUCUUCUUCUGCAAGAUCUCUGGAAGCCAAAGGAGGGGUAUUCUCGACGAUUCGAGCUGAGACGAAGAGCAGAGGUGGAGGAGCUAGCUGCUAAAGAAAAAGACACAAUAACUGCAGGGACCCACACAAACUCCCCUGUGCAAUCUUCAUCCCUCAGUAGAAGCGGGAAUGGUAGAUGCUAUCGGAGCUCACCCAGGGGCUGGCGUAUGGUACAGCCCAGUACAACUAUUGUUAAAGAUAUAAAUGCUCAAGCAAGGAAGCUGCAGAGAAAUCGCGCUAAAGGAACAAUGACGCUCCAGCACGGCUCAUCCUUCUGCCGUAGCCUCAGUGAAACCAGCCUUAACUUAGUGGGCUUGCCUGGCGACGAACCCAAGCGAUACUACUCCACCCUACCCGGGCCGAUCAGAACACGCUCUGCAAGGGACUCUGAGAAUCGUAGGGAGCAUAAUGGGGGCGGAGUUAAACACUCUCUUUACCAAUCGCCACACUUGCUGCUCCUUCAAGGCUUCAACCAACAGGAUUGCCUGGUCUACCUGUUGAACAGGGAUCAACACACAGUAGGUCAGGAAACAGCGUCAGCCCGGCCGAAUAUCUGCCUCUCAUCUCCAGAUGUCCUUCCACUUCACUGCCGAAUACGCCGCGCUCCAUCAAGACGUUCAUCCUCGGAGCAGCGGUUACUCCUGGAGCCUGUUGCCCAUGGGAAUGUACUAGUUAACUUCAUGCGCAUCGAGCGGGCCACUCCACUGCGUCACGGCGAUUUACUGUCAUUUGGUGCUCAUUACAUAUUUUUGUACAAAGACCCACUGAGCGCAAAACCUCUUCCUGCCCAAACCCUCACUAGACUUCGAGCGCUGGCACGUCUUUGUGAUGGCGAGUCACCUGAAAAGGGGGAGGCAUGUCGUAUGUGUGGUGCCGUAUUACAUGAACCAGUGGCGUCACGGCGCAGCACUAAGGCUACAGUUCGAAAUGCACAGAAACGAAAACUUGCGUUGGAAUUUGAGCGGGCUCAUGAGGAUACACUGGUGAGCCGGGUGCUGACGCUUAUUGAGCCGAGCGGGGAUGACCACAAGCUGACUCCAGCAUAUCUGCUUUGCCUGUGCAUCAAACACUCAGCUAAUACAUUUCCACCUGGCAGCUUCGGUAAACUAUUACUGAAAAUUGCAAAGAGGAUUCAAACCAUAGCAUGGGAGAAGACAAAGGACUUGGCUCAGAAGCAAGCUCAGCAUCAGGACCCUGCAUCACUGUCUCUGCUCAGCAUCUCGGAUUUAGUACCCGACCUCCAAUUUAUUUUCUUCUGGAUGUCCAACGCCAUCGAAAUACUGUAUUUUAUCCAGCAGAAAUCGCCCACGUACAUGCAGACUAUUGAACUCAUGGACGAUAAAGCAGGAUCUAAAGAAUCGCUCCUCUCAGCAACUAUAUCAGCGAACGAAGAAGCCAUGACCAUACUGGAAGAAGUGAUCAUGUACACCUUCCAGCAGUGCGUCUACUACAUCACUAAGACCUUGUAUGUUGUGUUGCCUGGCCUGUUAGACUGUAACCCGUUUGGGACGGAGCCUUCAUCCGAGCAGUGUCGUCGGGCCGUGGGAGCGUGUGUGUGUACCGUGUGUGUGAUGCCGGAGGCCGUGCGGAGGGUGGUGAGCGUGUUACAAACGACAGCCGAUCUCCUCCAGCAGUACCAGGUUCAUUCUGAGAUUCAGAGUCAAAUGUUCGCCUACCUCUUCUUCUUCACCAACGUAUCGCUCUUCAAUCAACUCAUCGAUAAAGGCCCUGCACGCGGCUGGUUUCAGCGUUCCCGAGUUCUGCAGAGUCAGGCUUGUGUUAAGAUGGUACUGGACUGGGCUAAAGGCGCUGGGCAUAGUCAUCUCGCCCAGAAAUUUUUCGCAAAGUUCUGCAGCACAUUGAGCAUACUGGCCACGCCCCCUCAACAGCUCACACAGAUAAGUUGGAAAGCUUUAUGUGCAGAGCAUCCCUCUAUAAAGCCCGUCCAGCUCCACAGAAUCCUAACACAGUACCAGCUCAUGGCUGAACUGGGUCCUGUGCCAAUCUGGCAACCCAGUAGUGAAGACGAGGCUUAUAUAUACAGAACAGUUGAUCUACUGGAGAGUUUUGAGAAUCAUCCUCCUAUUGUGCUGCCGAGCGCUGGCUUUAAAGUUGAUCUGGAGAGUGAUUGUGUUGAGGACAGUAUAUACCGGCAACUGCUUUAUGUACGUCACUUUCUGUGGGGUCUGCGCACCAAGACCCAUUCCUCUAAUGGCUGCGCAGACCGCCAGGAAUCCCAGCGUGACCCUCAUCAGCCCCACAGCAGUCCGCAUCCAGCACCCCCUUUGCGCGGGGAAGGUGAAGGGGAGGUGCGUUGCUCCCCAGCUGGUCUCGCUGGAAGAGGCGAAGGGGCCGGAGCCGAGGAACGCCCACGUGACAAACCGCCACAUAGCAUUCACUACAGAAACGGGACCGGCGGCCGCUACACCAACCAAACCCAAUCGACAGACUCUUCCUGUAUACUGACUCCCCCCAAUACGCCCCUCUAUCCCGAACACAUGUAUUUACACUCAAAUACACAGUCCAAUACAACCCACUACUCUGAGCAUGCUUCACAAGAGCACACACAUACACACUCUCACACUAAAUCUAACGGUUGCAUGCGAUCCACCCCAGAACACAAGAAAAUCAAUGGCUUCAUCAGCAAUGGUGUCGAAGGCCCUUUAAGUGGUUGUGGCUUUCCUUUCCCUGUCCAUGUCUCCCACAAUCUGGGCACAAACUCUGAUGAUAUCUGUUCCGUCUUUGUAGUGGACCUGGAUAAAGGACCAUACGGCCUGGGAAUGGGACUGAUCGAUGGACUUCAUACUCCUUUGAACUCUCCGGGAAUCUACAUCAGGACACUGAUUCCAGAUGGACCAGCUGCUGCAGAUGGAAGACUUUGCAUUGGUGACAGAAUCUUGGCAGUGAAUGGGAAGAGUCUCAUUGGAGCAGACUAUCAGAGUGCUGUGGAUUCGAUUCGUUUGGGGGGAGGACGGCUCCGGUUUCUUGUCGCCAAAUCAGAUCGUGACAUAUCGGAGAAGAUCAUUGCCUCUUCCUGCUGAGAGUGUGACUGCAAGUGUGACACUACCUAGACGAAAUAUGAGGAGAGACAGCAAGUCCCUCCCUUCCUUAGACGGGAGACAGGAGAUUAAGCACACUAUAGACCUCGCAGCCCUGCACUAGUUCUCCUUUUGAGAAUGACAGUUUGCAGCUCUCUCUUCUUCUCUUACACAUUUUGGCUUUGUUGAAUGUCAAAAAUGUCAAAGAAAGGUAUUUGUGUAGGAAAUCUGCUUGAUGGCAAUCCAGGGCCAUUACUAACGUUCAAGGGGCCCGGAGCAAACGUUUUAUGGGUGGCCUGUUUUUCUCCUGCCUAAUGAAAAAGCUAUAAUAUAGAGGACAUUGGUGGACACCUCAUCAAGAGGACAAGGACAAUAUUCCCAGCUGACUUUCAUCACAAUUUCAUGACCACAGCCUUGUUGAAACCAGGCAAAAACAUUUUUUGAUGUUUUUGUGUUAAUUUGCUCGAAGUGAAAAUAAUACAUAAUAAACUAUUAAAACUAUACAUACUGUCCUAACCAAAUAGGGCGCGAUACACCUGCAUUAAUCUGUUUUCAAUACUACAUUCUGUAGUUAUAAGGCGUUCCAGACAACUCAGAUUUGGGAUCCCACCUCAAAAUCGGAAAUAACUUCUGAAUUAAGUAACAUUUAAAGUAUUUUGUGUUAAC